AUGGGGUGGUGUGUUGUUUGGUGUUUGUUUGGUUGGGGGGGGGGGUUGGGUUUUUGUGUUUGGUGUGGAUGUUGGGUGGUGGUGGUGUGGUUGUGUGGGGUUUUUUGUUUUUGUGUGUUGGGUUGGGUGUGUGUUGUGUGGGUAGUGUGUGUUUGGUUGGUUUGGGUUUUGUUGUUGUGUGGUUUUGGUUUGGUGGGUGGGAGGGUUGUGUGGUUUUUGGGUAGGGGUUGUUGUGGUGUGUGGGGUGUUAUUUGGUGGUUGUUUGUUUUGGUUGUUGGGGGUGUUGUUGUGGGUGUGGUGGUUUGGUUGGUGUUGAUUUUUGGUGUUUGGUUGGGGGGUAGUUGUUGGUUUUUAUGUUGGUGUUUGGUUUGGUGUGGUGGUUUGGGGGUUGGUUGGGUGGGUGGGGUUGGUGGUGGUUUGUUGUGGGGUUGUGGUGGUUUUUGGUUGUGUGGUUUGAUUGUUUGGGGUUGUGGGGUGGGUGGGAUUUUGUGUUUGGUUGGGGGUUGUAUGUUUGUUGGGUUGGGGUUGGGGGGGGUGGUGGGGGUUGUGUAUUGUUGGGGUGUGUUGGUUGGUGGUUUUUGGUGGGUUGGGGUGGGGUUUGUUUGUGGGUGGGGGGAUGGGGGUGGGGGUUUUUUGGUGUGGUGUAUUGUUUGGAUGAAGAGUGUUGGGGAUUUUUGGGGUGUGGUGUUUUUGGUGGGGGAUGGGUGUGUUAGGGUGGUUUGGGGUUUGGGAUGUUUGAGGUGGUGUUUUUGGUUUUGUUGUGGUAUGUGGUUUUUGGGGUUGUGGGUUGUGUUGGUUUGGGGGGGGGGGGUGAGGGGUAUGAUGGGGGUUAUUGUUUGGGGUUGUGGGGGGGGGUUGGGUAGAAGAGGGGAUGGAGAUAUGUUGAUGUGGUUUGUGGGGGGGUGGGUGUAUGUAGGUGGAGGGUGUAAUGUGUUGGGAUGGUGGGUGUGGGGGUUUGUGGGGUUUGGAUAUGUUUUGGUAUUUAUGAGUUGGGUUGGUGAGUUGUGUGGGUGUGUUGGGAGGGUUGGGGUGGGGGUGAUUUGGUUUUGGUUGGUGAGGUUUAGUGUUGUGAGGAGGGGUGGGGGGUUGGUUGGUGGGGUGGUUUGUGAGGUUGUGUUUGUUGGGAGGGUAGGGUUUGGGUGUUUUUUUGGUUUUUGUGUUUGGGGGUCUAGUGGUUGUUGUUGUGUUUGGGGGUUUGUGAGGGUUGGUUGUUGUAUGUUUGUUUGGUUGUUGUUUGGUAUGUGUGGAUUUGUUUUUGGGGGUGUUGGGUGGGGUUUGGUGGGGAUUAGGUGUUGUGAGUUGUUGGGGGGGGGUUGUGGGUUUGUGGUUUGGUGGGGUUGUGUGGUGGAGUUGGUUAUGGUGGUUUUGUGUUGUGGUAUGGUGUGGGGUGUGUGGGUGGGGUGGGGGGUUUUUGGAUGGAGGGGGGUUUUGGGUAUAGGGAGAGGGAAUGGGGUGGGGGGGUGGGGUGGGGGUUUGGGGGGAGUGGGAGGGUGGGGGGGGGUGUGUGGGGUGGGUAUUGGGGUAGGGUUGAAGGAUGAGUGGGGGGUGAUGGGUUGGGUGGGUUUGGAGAUGGAGAGAAUAGGGAGAGUGUAG